AUGGAGCUGCUAUCUGUGAGUUCAAGGUUAUUUUGGUCAUUUCUUCUCCAUGCCACGCUCUUCUGGUGUUUGUCCCAACGGUCUAGAUCUGCCACCGUCCCAGCCAACGAAACCGAUCGACUGGCUCUGCUCGCCUUCAAGGACCGAAUAACCAAAGAUCCUCUCAACGUCAUGAGCUCGUGGAACCAUUCUCUUCAUUUCUGCAAGUGGCGAGGAAUCACGUGCAGUCUCAGGCAUGAGAGGGUCACCGUCCUCAAUCUAACGUCCCUUGAAUUGGAAGGUUCUAUUCCUCCCCAAGUAGGCAAUCUCACCUUCCUCAGGGUAAUCAACCUCCGAGACAACGGCUUCCACGGCGAAAUUCCACGAGAAAUAGGACACCUCUUCCGUCUCGAGCGUAUCGAUCUCAGCUCCAAUUCAUUUGGAGGAGAAAUCCCGUCCAAUCUGACCUACUGCUCGAACCUCCGAGUCAUCAAUUUUUCAUUCAAUGAGCUAGUAGGUGAGAUUCCCAUCGAGCUCAGCUCUUUAUCAAAGCUCCGUUGGUUAUUUCUCCAUGUCAACCAGCUCGUCGGAAGAAUCCCACCUUCCCUGGGAAACCUUUCGUCUCUCACUCAACUUUCAUUAGCAAGAAAUAACUUACAGGGAAACAUCCCAGGCGAUUUAGGCCGCAUUCCAAAGUUAGGACUCCUCCAGAUAUCUCAAAACAAUCUGUCCGGCACAAUCCCUUCUCCCAUAUACAAUUACUCGACUCUGUAUCUGUUGUCAGUCACAGCCAAUCAACUUCAUGGAACCCUUCCACCCGACUUAGGCCUCUUUCUUCCUAACCUCCAGUACUUCUAUGUGUCGAGAAACUGGUUUACCGGACCCAUUCCGGUUUCAUUAGCCAAUGCUACAUUCUUUCAAGAGCUCUAUCUCACCAACAAUGAUUUCACUGGAGGGGUGCCUAUGAAUCUUGGGACUCUUCGAUAUCUUUAUAUACUCACCAUUGGUGGUAAUCGCCUAGGAACAGGGAAAGAAGAUGACUUGAAUUUCAUCAAUUCCCUGCCCAAUUGCAGCUACUUGGAACAAUUUGGAUUUCAUAACAAUAGUUUCAAAAGCAUGCUGCCUAAUUCCAUAGCCAAUCUGUCGACCCGGCUCCAUUGGCUAGCGAUGGGAUUCAACCACCUGUAUGGAAGGAUCCCUGAAGGAAUCGGGAAUCUCGUCAGCUUAACCCAAUUGAAUCUGGAUCAUAACAAUUUCACAGGUGACAUUCCUUUCAGUAUUGGGAAGCUUCAUAAGCUGCAAUUUUUAGACUUGUCAGGAAACAGAUUUUCUGGGCAAAUUCCGUCGUCCAUAGGCAACUUCACAGAACUGAAUGAACUUUACUUGCAAGAAAACAGCCUAUCGGGAAACAUACCUCCGAGUCUCGGAAAUUGCCAAAAACUAAUAGCUUUGAACCUUUCUCAAAAUAACCUCAACGGUACAAUCCCCGAACAGCUCUUUAGCCUGUCAUCUCUGUCAAUUUCUCUCAACUUGGCUAGAAACUUUUUGAUCGGGUCCCUACCCAUGAAAGUGGGUAGCUUGAAAAAUAUUGGGGAACUUGAUGUUUCAGAGAACAAAUUGUCCGGCGCAAUUCCUGGAACGCUAGGCGGUUGCCAGAGCUUGGAACGCCUGUACAUGGAAGGUAAUGCCUUUCAAGGGACCAUUCCCCAGUCAUUGAACACCAUGAGAGGCCUUAGAGAGUUGGAUUUCUCGCGAAAUAACUUGAGUGGUCUAAUUCCAAAAUAUCUAGAGAAUUUUACUUCUUUACAGAAACUAAAUCUUUCUUUCAAUGAUUUUGAGGGCCAAGUGCCUGUCCAAGGGGUGUUUGAAAAUGCAAGUGGGAUUUCUGUCAUAGGGAACGGUAAACUCUGUGGAGGUAUCCCAAAACUAGGCCUACCCAAAUGCCUUGUUCUGAGAUCCAAAUCGCGAAGGUUUUUAAGCCUGAAAGUAAUCAUACCAGUCAUCAUUGUUGCUGUGUGUUUGAUUUUAUUAUUGUUGUGCUUUGCUCCUCUUCUUUGGAGAAGAAAAUCAAGACAGAAGCAGUUGCAAACUUCCUCGGAAGACCGGUACAAGAACGUCUCUUAUGCGGAGCUUCUCAAAGCAACUGAUGGGUUCUCUUCACACAAUUUGAUUGGCGUAGGAAGUUAUGGUUCUGUUUAUAAAGGAUACUUUGUUUCAGAUGGCCAAAUUGUUGCAGUGAAAGUACUCAAUCUUCAACGACAAGGAGCUUCUAGGAGCUUCCUUGCAGAAUGCGAGGCAUUGAGAAAUGUUAGACAUCGGAAUCUCAUCAAGAUCUUAGCAUCCUGCUCAAGCAUCGAUUUUAAGGGCAAUGAUUUCAAAGCGCUAGUUUUUGAGUACAUGCCGAAUGGAAGUUUAGAGGAGUGGUUGCAUCCAAAAGUCAACGAGGAACAUCAGCCAAGAACUUUGAACCUUAUUCAGAGGUUAAACAUAGCCAUUGAUGUUGCUCAUGCUCUGGAUUAUCUUCAUCACCAUUGUCAAACGCCCAUUUCUCACUGUGAUCUCAAGCCAAGUAAUGUUCUUCUUGACAAUGACAUGGUGGCCCAUGUGAGUGAUUUUGGCAUCGCAAGGUUCCUUUCCGGGGCCGUUGAUGAUAACUCCACAAACAAAACCAACUCCAUUGUGGUGAAGGGAUCCAUUGGGUAUGUUGCUGCAGAGUAUGGUAUGGGUGGCAAUGUUUCUACGGCGGGUGACGUGUACAGCUUUGGAAUUCUUUUAUUGGAGAUGUUCACGGGAAAAAGGCCCACGGAAGACACGUUUAAGGAUGGUUUAAACCUUCAUGAAUUUGUCAAGAUGGCUUUGCCAGAUCAAGUUCUGGAGAUAGCGGAUCUGCGACUCUUAGAAGAACAAAAAGAAGAACAAGAGCAAGAUCAAGAAAUAGAGGAAGAAAUAGCAUUCAGUCAUAUCAGAAGUCCGGAAGUUGAAAGUGGUAGUGUCUUCCGGUGCUUGGUUUCUUUGCUUGGUAUUGGAGUUGCAUGUUCUGUUGAGUCCCCAAGAGAACGGAUGCUGAUGAAAGAUGUAGUAAAUAAAAUGCAUGUGAUGAGAGACAUGUUUCUUGGGGCUGGGAUCUAUAAGGAAGGAAGAAACAAGACCCUUCGCUGAUGUGGGCCCAUUCGUCUUACAUCAACGUGGCUGUCAUCAGCUCAUGUCCACUGGCAAUUUGCAUAUAUCAAUAAAAUUGGAUGGCUGAAAACCACUUGUCGAGCAUGUAAUUGUUACUGAUGUGGACAUUGCAAUUGGUGACUUUCAUGGUAAUUGUCUUGGCCCAGGGUCAUGUCUGGGAGCAAUCUAUGUACAAGUAUUAUGGAAUUUUCCGCUUCUCUUUUUCUUCUU